AUGGCGGGCAUAGAGAGACUCGAGGUCCACAGCAGGUCCUACAUUGUCCGAUGGGUCAAGGUCGAGGAGGGGAACACCCUCUCCUGGAGCGUACAACCACACAAGAAGUCCAUAAACUUCGGUAUUGUCAAACACCCGGGCAGCGGAGCCACGGGUCUCUCUUCUUCGGCCGGCGACGAUCUACACUCCCAUACCCCCCAAACCCAGGAAGUUGCUGAGGGCAAAGCGAGCCGAUUCGCCAAGAAAGAUGUCACGGCGCAGGAACUGCUAUCCAGCAAGGGAUUCAUAUCGAUCAAAUGGUUCGGGAAGUGCGAGGCGGACAAGGUCUCCAUGGGGGCGUACGAUGUGCCCCCGGGGCAGACGGGCAUGUACGGCCUGGUCUUCGACAACACCUUCUCCAAGCAGACGUCCAAGACGGCCACCUUUGUCGUCCUGACGUACCCUACCGGCGCCGCUCCGCAGAGUGCCAACCACCUCCCGAACUUGCAGAUGCCAAAUGCCAGCCAGACCAGCUUGGGCGUGCAUGGCAGCAGCCCGCCCCAUGAGGCGGAUCCCGCUGCCUCCGUGGAUAGCUUCCAUAGCCACCCGAGUAAAGGCCAUGCGCGUACCGUGUCCGAAGCAACCAUGCCGGCCAAUUAUCACGUCGGAACGCUCUCGAAGAGACGACGGAAGAAGGGACAGGGCUAUGCUCGCCGCUUCUUUUCCCUCGAUUACUCCACCUGCACCCUGUCCUACUAUUACAACCGGAACUCUUCUGCUCUUCGCGGAGCUAUCCCCUUGAGCUUGGCUGCCAUUGCUGCCGAUGAGAGGAGAAGGGAGAUCAGCAUCGACUCUGGCGCCGAAGUAUGGCAUCUCAGGGCACCCAACGACAAGGAAUUCCAAGAUUGGGCUCGGGCUCUCGAGAAGGCAAGCAAACUGGCCAGAGGUCUGGAAAGCCAGCCGCAGCAGCCAAAGCUUGGUCUGCAGGUCGAUCAUCGCACUUUACAGUCAGACAACAACAACAACAAGGACACGACGGUUGGAAGCCUCCAGGCGAGUCGGGACGAAGAGGUCGAAUGGCAGCAGGUCGAGACUUUGGUUAGCCGUGUCGUUGGAACUCGUGAUGCGUUGCGCCGUCUGACCAAGGAGGUUGCGGCGUUACCGAGACCAACUUCCUCGUCGUCGCACCACCUGGGCCCUUCGGGGAGUGCUAUCGACGAUAGUGGCGAUGGAGCAGAGAAGAAGUCCUUCUGGAAACGCAAGUCUAGCUCCUCUGUAGUGACACCGCCCGGGGCGCGUCCGGAUUCGGCGACAGUCGAAGACCACCUUGAUCCGAACAGGCGCAAGUCAAAGGGCACGACACAAGAAGAAAAGACUCUGCAGGAUCAUUGCGCGGCUUUGCUGGCUGACCUCGACUCCGUUGUAAGCGAGUUCACCGUUCUCAUUAACAAUAGCAAGCGCCGCCGACUGCCGGUGCCCAAAUCAGCCGAGGCCGCAUCCCGCCUGAGCUUGGACACAAUUUCAACCGCGGAAGAGUUCUUCGAUGCGGAAGAUGCCACGAGGGUUGUCAAAAUCGAUGCCAGCGACGACGAAGAGCCACACGAGUCGGAGGAGGCCGAUGAUGCCUCGUCACACGACAACUCGUCCAUCUCAUCUGUCGAAGAAGAGGAGGUGCGGAGUGGCGGCGCAAACGCCCUGUUUCCAGUCAAACCGAAGAGCCUUGCCCCCCUGCCUCUCGACGUCACUGUCAACCGCAGGACCGGCAUACCGCCCGCGACGGUUCUGCCUCCGAGUCUGAUUGCGUUUGUCCGGAAAAAUGUUGGCAAAGAUCUUAGCACCAUCAGCAUGCCCGUUUCCGCGAACGAGCCGAUCUCUCUGUUGCAGAAGAUUGCGGAACAGCUAGAGUACGCGCAGCUCCUGGACCAGGCUGUCAAGCGCGGAUCGGUAGCCGAGCGACUGCUGUACGUAACCGCCUUUGCCGUCUCACAGUUUAGCAGUGGUCGUGCCAAGGAGCGAGCCAUCCGCAAGCCGUUUAACCCCCUGCUUGGGGAGACAUUUGAGCUGGUUCGCGCGAACAAGGAAAUCCCCGGCGGCUUCCGUUUGCUCGUGGAGAAGGUCCAGCACCGGCCUGUCAAACUGGCCAUGCAAGCCGACUCGGCCAGCUGGUCGCUCUCGCAGUCUGCCGCCCCGGGUCAGAAGUUUUGGGGUAAAAGUGCCGAGAUUACGACUGAUGGACGCGUGAGAGUCGUGCUUCGCCUGCCAGACGGAUCGGACGAGCUCUACUCGUGGAACAUUGCGACGAUGUUUUUGCGAAACGUCGUCAUGGGCGAGAAGUACGUGGAGCCGGUCGGGACGAUGAACGUGGUCAACGACUCGACGGGCCACAAGGCAACCGUUGAGUUCAAGAGCAAGGGCAUGUUUGGCGGAAGGGCCGAGGAUGUCAGCGUCGAGGCCUUUGGGCCGGACGGCGGCAACCUGGGCACCGGGCUGGUCGGUACCUGGACCAGCGGUCUUAAGACGGCCGGCCCUGGAAAGUCUGGCGGCGAGGAAAUUUGGCGCGUGGGCAACAUGGUGGACAACCCCACGCAGACGUACGGCAUGACGGCGUUUGCAGCCUCGCUCAACGAGAUCACGGAGAUUGAGAAGGGCAAGCUGCCGCCAACCGACUGCAGGCUGCGUCAAGAUCAGCGGCUGGCCGAGCAGGGUAACCUGGACGAGGCUGAGGUCUGGAAGGUCAGGCUGGAGGAGGCACAGCGUGCCCGGCGCCGCGCCACGGAGGAGCGAGGCGAGGAGCACAAGCCACGGUGGUUCGUCAAGGCGGAGGAGUCUCCGGAGGGCGAGGAGGUGUGGCGGAUCAAGACGGGCAAGGAUAGCUACUGGGAAGAGCGCGCGCGCGGCACCUGGACCGGCGUUGAGGACAUCUUCAACGUGCCCGAGGAGUAG